GUCAGCAUGGCGUCCAGGCUCAACAACAUGUUUGCUCUUGGAAGUGUUCUCGCGGUGUUAAUCGUGUGUGUUCGAGCUGACAUACGAACCGCGGUACUGAGCACACAAACCGGGAAGCUGUCGCUUGUUGAGGGAUAUCGAGACGAUUUUGUGGCUUGGGCGAACUUUACUGACGACAUUACCAAAUCAGGCUGGUCUUUCCUGGAGGUCACGACCAGCAGUCGGUACAAUGACAGCGUCCAGGCGUAUGCAGCCGGCGCGGUGGAAGCUGCACUCACCGCGCAGCUCAUCUAUAAGCACUGGAUGAACACGCUUCUCGGCUACUGCGGGCCCUUCAGAGCUCCAUCUGUGUACUGCAAGCGCCUCGAGGCUUUCAUCGCAACCAAUUUAAAGUGGGUUCAGGAGCAAAUGGAGACGCAGCCCAGUUCCCCCUACUGGUACCAGGUGCGUCUGGCGCUGCUGCAGCUGAAAGGUCUGGAGGACGGCUAUAAUGAGGACCUCUCAUUUCCAAUAGGGUCUUUCUCCCUCAACCCAUUUGGCUUCCUACUUUUCCAAAUGGGUGGCGAUCUGGAGGACUUGGAAUCUGCUCUGAACAAAUCCAGCCAAACUCGACCUCUUGGAUCUGGCUCCUGUUCUGCUCUCAUUAAGCUGCUGCCAAACAAUAAGGAACUGCUGGUGUCACAUGACACCUGGAACAGCUACCAGGCCAUGCUGCGCAUCAUAAAGAAAUAUAUGUUUGCCUUUCGAGUUUCUCCUUCAGAGGAGCGUUUCCUUCCUGGAGGAACUCAGGCUUUCUCCUCUUAUCCCGGAUCCAUCUUCUCUGGAGAUGACUUCUAUAUCCUCAGUAGUGGCCUGGUGACCUUAGAAACCACCAUUGGCAACAGUAACCCUGCUCUCUGGAAGUUUGUUCAGCCCACAGGAGGCGUCAUGGAGUGGUUGAGGAACAUUGUGGCCAAUCGACUGGCUGCUACUGCCAAAGAGUGGGCCGAGAUAUUCAGCCAGUACAACAGUGGAACGUAUAACAACCAGUGGAUGAUUGUGGACUACAACCAUUUCACUCCAGGACGGACUGACAUUAAAGAGGAGCUCUUUGUUGUUCUUGAACAGAUUCCGGGACGAGUUGUCUACUCUGAUAAAACUCAGGAACUGCUAGAGAAAGGGUACUGGGCAAGUUACAACAUACCAUACUACGUAGACAUAUUCAAUGCCAGUGGCUGCAAUGAGUUGGUGGAGAAGUUUGGCCCGUGGUUCUCUCUGGACGAUAAUCCUCGGGCUCAGAUAUUCAGGAGAAACCAGACGACUGUGAAAGAUAUGGACUCAAUGGUCCGCCUUAUGAGGUACAAUAACUUCAAGGAAGACCCAUUGUCAAAGUGCGACGGCUGUGAUCCACCUGCGAACGGAGAGAAUGCCAUCUCAAGCCGGUCGGACCUGAACUCGGCUAAUGGCUCGUAUCCGUUUGGCGCCUUGAGGCAGAGGUCGCAUGGAGGAACAGACAUGAAGAUGACCUCCUUCGGAAUGUUUCGGGACUAUGGCAUGCUGGCAGUGAGCGGGCCAACAUGGGACCAGUUGCCGCCCUUCCAGUGGAGCACGUCCCCAUACAAGGACCUGAUGCACAUGGGCCACCCUGAUACGUGGGCAUUCAAGCCGAUAAAAGUCACCUGGACUCCUUAACUGUUAUUACGCUGUCUAUUCAAGUAGCAUGAUGAAUGUUAAUACUUCCAGUUGUUUGAAGUUUUGAUAAAGGGAAAUGAUAAAUGGAAAUGUGACUUGCAUUUUAUGAACAUCUAGGGUUUCCCCCUGCGUCAAUUUGUUGACUCGGCUGUCACUUUGGUUGAUUCCAAGUGUAGAAACACGGUUUUACGGAUGUGUUGACUAAAUAAAUUAAUAGAUCGAUCAACAAAAUCAUCUGACCGUUGUUCGACUAAGGUUUUCUUUGGUCCAGGACUGACAACAAAUAUUAAUAUUAUUAAUUCUCAAGAGUGGCAAUAAUAUUUAGGAUGUAUUGCAGUAUUAAAAUGCAACUAUUUGUACGACUAAAGCUCACAUGGUCCAAGAGCGUUGAAUGUUAGGCAUUAUGGAAAUACACAACCUGGCUGUUCAGUGGGAACUUGUGCAAUAUGUCCUGUAAUUGAUUUGAAAAGUGUUUCUACAAGACUACAUCGAUCUUUGAAGAAAUCACUUACUCGGCAAAUGUUUUGAUUUUGUUCAUAAGUUAAAACUUUUUUUUAUUUGUUAUAUUUCACUGAGUCUCUCAAAUAGCCUAAAUCGUUGCCUUUGCAAAAACAAAUCUCACCAUGUAUGGAGGACUUAAAAUGACUUAAGUAUGAAUGCAUGCAUGAAUAAAUGUAUAAAUACAGGAAUGAAUAAAUAUUAGUUAUAAAUCAACAGGACAUCAUUAAAUAAAUGUAUCUCUUUUAUUUA